GUGGAAAGUGUCAAGUGAUGAUGUGUUGUUGAUAAAAAAUUUUCUCGCUGCAGCGAUUUCGAUUGACCAGCAGUGCGAGUGUCGUGAAUUUCGCGUAAAAAUCCAGUGAAUUUACAGUCUUUCCGAUCGGCAACAGGUGAAAACCGAUACCCCCGAACGUUGUCCUGCGGAGGAUGAUCGAAUCAUGAUCGGGCUAUUCUGGUUUCUGGUGAUUAUCGUGCUGAUCUAUUUGGCCAUUACUUGGCUGCUACCGCAAUGCAUCGGGUACAUUUUGAAGCGAAAGUUCAACAUCAAAAUUCGCUUCGGCCGGAUUAGUUUGCCGUUCUCGCUCCGGGAUGUGAACGUUUGCAAGAGUGGCUUCUCGGUGCAAAUCGAUGAAAUCUGCAUACGCAGCAGUUUCUUCAAUUCGGAAGUCACCAAGCUGUUGUCGAUAAAUAUUCGAGACAUCCGGGUCAACAAGGAUAUAAAUCGACGCCAGCAGCCCCAGUUCCAAACUACGGCUGGUCAGACAUCGAACCAGCAGUCCAAUGCCGAACCUGAUCCGUUUCUGGGCUCAACGCGUGCAGGUGGACGAAAGAUCUUGGACUUUCGUGAGAAGAAGGUCCAUCCGAUGAUCAUCAAAUUUGCCCAGUUUAUGGCCGUUCACAUCAAUAAUGUGUCGAUUGCCCUGUUGAACAAUGAUCACGAUCCCGGAUGGCUACUGCAUGCUACCGCCAAGGAACUCCAUCUGGACGGAAGUCUGGUGCAUAACACUAAGACUAUGUUGGUUUCGGCGGCGCUUUGCGAUGCACAGGCCAAAAUUCUUCGCCACUGUCAGGCUUCUAAGAAGCUGGAAAAGUCUCGGCUGGGUGACUCUCAGCCUUGUCUGGGAGAACUCAGUUUUGGAAUAGCGUUGGAUAGCGUGCUGGUAGCCCACGGACCCAUUUCGCUUGAAAAGCUGCAACUGGCCAUGACCAAUACCAAAGUGGUUGUCCACGGAGGACUUUACGAGUUCAUCAAGGAUGCUCAAAGCCAGAAACGUCGCCACCAGAUGUUCCUUCGCCAGAAUAGCAUUAAUUUGGAUCAGGUUCCGAUGUUCGACGGAGAAAAGACCAGUGGAAGCGAGACCUACCUCCGCAUUGCACCCAUUAUUCCGAAAAAUUUCGCCAUCAACAUCGAGAAUACAACCAUUUCGGCCGUGAAAGAGAACAGCUCUAAUGAUUUCGCAGUCACGCUUCAAACGUUUACAAUAACCGGCAAAUUUAACAGUAGGAACGCCUCGGAUGAAUUCCGAAUGCCGAUGUUCUACGUGGGAACGCAGCUGCAGCAGCUGGAAAUCGACACAAUGCAGGAGAAGCUGCUCUACCUGGAGCAGUUCAGUGUGGAUGCCAAGCUGGAGAAGGACCUGGUGAAUAUCUACUCGAAGCUGGCUUCGUUCCGGAUGAUUUACCAUCACAAGGAGAUCUACGGGUGGAUCAGUAAGAAUUUCUUCUCCAGCGAGCGCUUGGCGCGGCAAAUGAAUCCGAAGAGUUUGAAGCUGGCCACCGGCGUGGGUGCCGGCGGGGCAGGAAAAGUGACGGGAGCUGGUGGUGCUGGGGGAAUGUGGGAGGAAAUUUUCAAACGAGUGGUGAUCACUGGGUGUGCCGAGCUGUGGAAUGUUACUUCGGUGUUCAAGUUCGGGCCGCAAGUGGUUUCAUCGAUCUGUUGCAACCACACCAAACUGUUGCUGGAUCAGUUUGCGGAAAGUCGCAGCAGUGCGUACGACAGUCGUCUGCUGAAUCAAGUUCUGCAGAAACGUCACUGGAGUGCCGAGCUGCUCAUCGAAUCCCUGUGGUGGUCCCUCAGCGGCAGUGCAUCUCACAAAGACUUUGGCCAAAGUCUCAAAAAGAGCCACAUCCGCGGCAGUCCCUUUUACGUCGGGGUAAGUUUGAUCAAGUUGAGCAGCUAUGGCGAUGCAACGAAGUUGGACUUCACUAUCCACACGUUCCGCACGGAGUACAGUCCGGGACUGGCCGAAUAUCUGGUGCAGGCAAAGCAGUGCUUGGAACAGUAUCGAUCAUCGCAUCUCUCUCGUCGUGGAUCGAUCAACUACUCUUCCCAGGACAGUCAGUCAGAGAUGAGUGGAUCACCUUCCAAGCGGCCCAAGCCUGGUCUGCUGGUCAAUGCCAAGGUGACGGACAUCACUAGUUUCUUCUUCAACAAGUACGAUACGUGCAUCUUGGCAAACUUGAACGAGUUGUCCUUGGCGAAAACUCCGGCCAUCAACGUGGUCAAGCUGGAUCAAUUUCACAUGGAGGUGCUGGAUUUCAGAAACAUCAGCGGGUCGGACUUUGCGGUGGCGGAGCUGCAAAAUAUGUUUGCCAACUUUAAGGUCAUCCGGCUGGAGCACACGGAACACAGUAAGCAUCCCAAACUGGCAAUCCACUUCCUAGAGGACACCGGUGCCAUGUGGAAUGCCAAUCUUCACAUGCAUAUCGUGACCCUAUUCGGUGAAAUCAAAGAACUCAAGGCAGCCUUGAAGACGAAAGAGAUGGCUCAACCUCCGUUGGAACUACCGACCGAAGCACCUCCUAAGACCUCAUCGGCAGACAAAAAAUCAUGGAUUAUCGAUGUCUACGCGGAAGGAAGUGCAGAGUUUGCGAUCAAGAUCAGCGAUCGGCAUUCGAUGCAGAUCUACAGUGAAAAUUUGUACGUCAGCCGAAAAGAUCGGUGGUUCAUAUCGUUCGAGAACAUUUUUAUCAAAAUCGACGAUCAGCAUAUCUUUACAUUUAAGGACGUGGACAGUCAGCAACUGCCGGAAAUGGACGUACUUCGGUCGGAGAGGAAGCAUUAUGAAAAUUUCCGGCUGGCGAGCAAUAAGGUUUGGGCGACUUCGAUCGGUGUGGUGAGGAUCAUCUUUCCGUACGAUCACGACUUCUACGGGGCUAUUGUGAAUGAGUUUGUAUCGAUUUACAAGUGGUUGAAAGUGAUUCAUGGGUACAAGAAGAAGCCGUUUACGCAGGAUUCGCCGUUGCCCAGUGACAUGUUUAUCCAGAUUAAGGAGUUUCUGAUGGAGAUGAGUGACGAUCCGUUCGAGGUGAAGCUAAGAGACAACUACGUUUUAUUACUGGACGAGUAUAACGAAAGUGUGAAGCGGAAAGAAUUGUUCGAUCAUAAAAUAGACCAACUGUGUAAGGAGAGAUUGAUUUUGCCGGCCGGAACUCUGGAGGAGUUGAACGCCAACUUGAUUAAGAAGAACUCCGAGAUUUACAUUCAGCGGUCGAAGAAAUUGGCCGAGACAGGACCUCCCCGUACGCGGUUGAUCGCUUGGAUCAUGACAGAUUUGGAAAUAAUGGCCAUGGCUGAUCCAUCUGUGCAUGGAACGGAGAAUGCGGUUCGCAUGAUCCGGGAUAUCGAUGCCGAAAGUCCGUGGCCCGAGGAAGGUAUCGAAUUCGUCACCCUCUGGUGUCGUGCAGUGAAUGUCAGCUGUACAGAAUGGAAGUUUAUGCUGAGAGACUAUCCGCAGCCGAUGUUCCAUGUGAAGGCAAUGCAUCUUUUUGGACACUUGGCCGGAGCGGAAAUGGCACCACCGAGGAGGGCCAAACGAGACGUGGAUAUUGAAGUUGGCGAUCCUUUCGGAACCCACACGAUUCAGCGAAGCAUGACUUCGAUUAAGUUCUACCACGACUUCGAUUGGGAACUGGAUUACCUGGCUUACGCGUUCGGACCAUGUUGGGAACCGGUUAUGGCCCAGUGCAAUCUGAUGAUGGAGAAGAUUUCCGCACCGUCCAGAGAUCCAAGCCCGCCGUUACCGUUUUGGGAUAAAAUGCGCCUACUUAUGCAUGGACGCCUCACGAUCAUCGCAAAACAGUUUACUAUCUUGCUCCAUGCAUCGCUAGAUCCCUAUAACACAACCGAGGAAAUGGAACUAACUUGGAAUAACUGUGGUAUCGUGUAUACCAACGCCAAGAUCAUGUUCAAAGGAGACCUCAACGUGUUCGUAAGAACUGCCUCGCGUUACGACGAUUGUCGACUUCUGCAUCUUCCUAAUCUUAAGUUGACCUUUAAGCUGAACUGGAUCUGUCUGGCAAACCCGAACGAUCACCAUGCGGUAAUUCCCUGCGCUCCGGACAAACUUCCAGAGUACUCCAGUAAUCAGGUGCACGAUUCCUUCCGAGCGUUCCGAUCGCAAAACCUUAACAUUUGGGUAUCAUUCGAAAUUAAGCAGAACGUAUCCGAUGCAGAUAUCCCGAACCUGGUACUGUACGGAAGCACACUCCGCUGGUUCGAAAGCUUAAAACUGAUUUUGUCCGGUGUAACGAGACCAACCCGACGGGGACCAGUCUUCAACAACGUUCGUCCGCGGAAGAAGCAGCUCAGUCGGCAUUACAAACGGGCGAACCUCCAGAUGAGCUUGCACAAGUUCCAAAUCUUCUACUGGAUGUCCCACGCGCUGAAUCGAGGAUUUCAGCUUAACGGUGGAAGGAUCACGUUAAGUUCGGAGCAUACGCUAACGCUUUCCCCGAUCGAUGACGGUCUGAUUCAUAGGCCGAGGGCCGAUUGGGCCAUCAUGUACAUGAACUGUGAGCUGAACGAUGCGGAAAUCUGGCUGAGAACCACGACUAUCAGCGAUCGAUCCGAUGGAAGCUCCGAGAGUAUUUCCAACUCGAACGGGGACAUCUGUAGGUAUUACUUCCUAAGUGUCGCGAAGGUUUCAUACGGACGAGAAGCUCUGUUGGCCAAUGGCAACGAACGGGAGAAGGACACUCCCACGCACAAGCUGGUAGUGUACGAUCUGAAGGGAGCUUGGACAAAAGAUAAUAGGGAUGUGGCAUUUGCGUUGUUCGACUCGUUUAUGAAGAGCCAGCGACUAAAGAACAACCUGUCUACCGAAGCUUUGAAGUGCUUCCGUAAGGAGGGAAACAACACUCCACUGAAGUCUCGCAACAGUCAGGACAAGGCACAUCACUCGGACGGUGGCAGUCGUGGCCAACAUAUCAACAGCAAGCGUCAGGAGACCUCUGAUGGUCUGGUGAUGCUGCAGCAGCUGAUUUCGGAGGCCGAUCACAAAUCGGUUGUUUUCAGCGAUGAUCUUUCCGCACAGACGCGGCAACAGCAGCUGAAGGGGUUGCAGGCCUGCCAAGAUGGCGGUGUGUUGCAUUAUAAUUGGUUCAUUUCGUUGGUAAACUCUCAGGUAUUGCUGAAGGGAUGCGAGACUUCGGGAUAUGUGAUAUUGAGCGCGGCUAAAGCGGAGAUCCUGCAGAGGGUCCAUCGACCGGUUUGGAGAGAUCACACGAUCGUAUCCAAAACGACGUGGGUUGGAUCGUUAGAAUGUAUGCAAUACUAUGCGACGGUCAGCGCCGAGGAUGGAGACACUCGAGAGAUGGCGGAAAUUAUGUGGUUGACUGUGGAUAACAUUCAAGAAAAGGAUAAAGGUGCAACUGUGAUAAACGAGUUUCCGGAUUUACCUCAUUUGGUAGGGAGUGGACAAAGUGUAGGCGGAGUGGUUUCGGAGACUGUGGGAGGAGUUUCUGGCGAUGUUAGUCGUGACGGUAAGUCACCAAUUCAGUUACAACGAAUCGUGUCCAGGUGUAAAUGUGAGUUCUUCUAUGUAAGCUAUGGUGAAACAAGUAUAGAUCCGGGUACAAUCAGUGAAGUUCCGGCUCCUCCGGUGGAAGAAAGCCUGAGCCCUUGGGAGAACCAAGAUGAUCCAGUGGAUGCUUUCACUUUGAUGCAUCAUGAUCUAGAUGUAUGUACCAAUUCUCUCCAAUACGCCAUGAUCUUGGACAUCGUGAACAACUUGCUUCUCCACGUGGAACCACAGCGAAAAGAGGCUUCGGAGAGACUUGCCAGGAUGCGAUUUCAACUGCAGCUCUACAGCAGCGAAGAUCAGAAACGGCCCAUUCAGCACAUUCAAACGGAAAUUCGAGGUUUGAUGUCGAAGAUCCGUUGCUUGGAAAAGGACAUUCACUUUAUUACCAAGGCACGCCUCGAGGAAGGUGACAGUGAUGAGCUGAGGGUAGAGUACGAAGAAGUUCAGAAGAUGAUUCGCGAGUUCAAGGAGAUGCUGUCGAACAAAAGUGACGAACUGGAUAUCAUGCUGUCGUGUUACAAUGAGGCGCAGUUAUCGGCAUCGAAUCGCUUGGCUACUAUUCGCAAGGAUAAACCGCUGACUAUUGUCCGCGCAAAUGAAAUCUGCUUCAAACAUGCUCAGUGGCGGCUUACCGAAGCCGAUGGUCAGAUUGGAAUCGCGGAUUUGAUCCUUAGCAACUUUCUUUACACCAAAAAUUCAAAGAGUGAUGACUCUGUGGAUCAUCUUCUGGAGCUGGGGUACAUCCGGAUCAACAAUCUUAUUCCUCGCGAUAACUACAAAGAGGUGCUGUGUCCAACGGAGAUACAGCGUGAUAUGCCAGUGGAUCACAAACGAGUGCUUCGGGUAUUUUGCCGGGAGAAACCUCCGGUAGGAGGAAUAUCCGUGAAAGAGCACUUUGAAAUCAACGUAGUUCCUAUAACGAUCGCUAUUUCCAAGAAGUUUUACAACACCAUGUUGAAGUUCUGUUUCCCUGAUCGGGACGCUUCGGAAACGGAGGGAAACGACGAGCUGGAAGAUGGGGCUAGCACCAGCUCAGGAUCUUCGCUGGCAACUAAAACAAGUUCUAAGAAGGCGGUCAGCAGCAGUUCCAAGGGAAAGAAGAGUUCCAAAGAUAGCAAUUUCUAUGUUAAAAUUCAGGACGAUGUGGAGAAGAUGAAGGAGCGUGCCGAGAAGAAUAAGCUAUUUAUUUACAUCAAAAUACCGGAGGUGCCUGUUAGGGUUAGCUACAAGGGUAACAAGGAGAAAAACAUCGAGGACAUCACGGAUCUGUCGCUGUUGAUUCCCACGCUGGAGUACCACAACGUCACGUGGACCUGGCUGGAUCUACUGCUGGCCAUGAAGUCCGACAGCCGGAAGGUGCUGCUUUCGCAGGCGAUUAAGCAGAAACUAAAGCUGAAGAAGGUGCUAGUUGAUGAACAGCCGUCUCCACAGGAAGAGGACAAGGCGAAAAUGUUGUUCGGCAAUCGUCACGCGAGAGCUCGGAACAAGCCGGAGAACAAAAGCCUUCGGCGAGGGGUUUUCAAAUUCGCUAAACCCUAAGGCUUUUCACACAAGUAAGUGUUUUACAAAACAAACUCUAAAUAUUUCACUACCACUAGUAGUAUUGAAACCACGCAGCACAUAUUCAAGGUGAUCGAUUCUAAAAGAACGUAUUAGAGAGACUAUAACCAAAUAAUUAUUAGGGAAAGUGAUUUAUUCAUCAGCCAAGCUCUAGUCCCAACGAAAUACAUAUAUAGACAGAAACAGAUGAUUGUGACAUCACACAGAAUUUACUGAACGUUUAGUUUUAACACGUGAAGAGUUUUACGAUUUCAUCGGCUUCGAUUAGAUUUUGCAUCACUACAGCUAAUUUAUGGUGAUCUUCUAUGGUGGAAAGUUUAAUAUUUACAUCACCUCUCUCUAUUGGACAAUAUCAUUUUGCAGUAGUUUCAGAAAAAUCUUCUUAUGAUACUACACUUUUCUGUCGUUUGUUUGUUGUUAUUUAAUAUCUUGUGUAGAUUCGUAGCUCUUAUAGUUUUUAACCUUGUGGCAAUGAAAACAUUUCAUCUAUUUAAUCUA